ACAGCGGCUGACACAUCUCACCUCCCAGCUUCCUCCUUCGUUUCCUCACAGCCCGACCCCGUAUGAUGGCCAAACACUGACUGGCCGUGAUGCAAUAGCCUGGCCGUGCUGGCUUGGUUGAGGGCUACACUAUUGAACUACACUGGCUUACGACAGCAACAAAUGAGGCAGAGUAAAUUUCAAAUAUUGUAAAAGUUAAUAAGUGUCGAACGGAAUUCCUACCUUGGAUUCUGCUGACUCGACCUCGGAAUAUCUAUCACUGAAGUUCAAAGACAACUCCGCUUUUGCUUCACAGGAUGGGAUCCUGUACACAGGAAGCUCUGCUCAGCAUGAAAAACAUGUCCCUCGAUCUGGUGAAAACGAGGCUAGAGGAAAUAGAGAACACCGAGCUGCCCUACAAGGUCCCCACCUUCAUCUUCCUGGCGUCUCUUCUCAUCUGCGGCAUCCCCGGUAACAUCGUCGUCUGCUUUGUCUACAACUUCAACUUCCCGUCCGGACCAUCCAAAAGUUUUAUUCUGGGACUUGCGUUGUUUGACCUGCAGGUGUGUUUCAUCGGUGUGCCCUUUGAAAUUGUUGAUCUCAAAACAGACUAUUUUCUCAAUAUCCCUUGGUUAUGUAAAGUAGUGAGAUUCAGUAACACCCUGGCCUCCGCGGGGUCGGUGUUGACACUGCUGGUGAUCGCCGUCUAUCGCUAUAAGAAAAUAUGCCUUCCUUUCAAGAAGCAAAUAACUAUGAAAGAGGUUCGACAUGCUUUCGCUGGAGUAGGAAUAUCCGCAUUAUUCAUUUCUUGGCCAGCUUUGGUUUUCUACGGCAACCAAACAAAAGUAAUUGGAGGUUACGAGACGACAGAUUGCUCCUUUGACAAUGUGUUCAUGGGGACGUUCUAUCCUCAGUUGUACCAGGUGUUUUUGGGGGUCUUGUGUUUCAUCAUGAUCGGCAUCCUCGUCGUCCUCUACACCCUCAUCGUUAUCCAGAUCAUCAGACAAAAACGUCGAGGACGGGCGCUUGGAUCUCACUCCGGCACCCUCGGUUCUCGUCUCGACCUCACAGAGGACACUAAGCACAAACCAGCCACCGGUUUGAAAAAAGGUUCCACGGCAAUCAGCGCGAGCAAGCUCAGUCUGGGCGGAGAGGUGACGUUCACGACGUUGGAGCGGAAGCAGGCGAAGCACGUGAAGAGGUCGCAGACAACCAUCAUGAUGUUGCUGGUGACCUUAGCGUUCAUCGUGUCCUACAUCCCCCACGUGGUGCUACAGAUGACGCGCAGACUGGACGGGGGAUUUGAGGCCAGGGUUCACUGUAACAAGUCAGCGUUAGCCGCUUAUAAACUCUUCCUCCGGUCCUUCUUCCUUAACAGUGCCAUCAACCCCAUCAUUUACGGCUUCUACAACACCAGAUUCAGGAGGGAGUGCAAGAGGCUGCUUGUGGGUUUGUUUCACAUCAGGAACCACAAGGUGCAAGUUAACACAGGAUCAAGUGACUAAACACAAACGUGUUGUUAUGUACGGGAGUAUGGUCUGUUUGUUUGUUUGUUGUCAACGCCGCACUCAGCAAUACUCCAGCUGUAUGACGGCGGUCUGUAAAUAAGGGAGUCUGGACCAGACAAUCAAGUGAUUGCAUCAUG